AUGGGGCACGGGGUGAGCUGCGCGCGCACCGGCGACGAGCACGACUUCUUCCGCGCGGCGCAGCUCGGGGACCUCGACGCCCUGGGCGCGCUCCUCGCCGCCGACGCCUCCCUCGCCCGCCGCGCCACCCUCUACGACCGCCUCUCCCCGCUCCACAUCGCCGCCGCCAAUGGCCGCCUCGAGGCGCUCUCCAUGUUCCUGGAUCGCGGGGCGCAGCCGGACGCCGUGGAUCGGCACAAGCAGACUCCCCUGAUGCUCGCCGCCAUGCACGGCAAGAUCGGCUGCGUGCUCAAGCUCCUCCAGGCCGGCGCAAACGUGAAUCUUGAUGUUCGACUCGGUGCACGCGCGGACCUGCCUCCACCACGCGGCCUACUACGGCCACGUCGACUGCCUGGACGCCAUCCUCUCCACGGCGCGGACCACGCCGGUGGCCGGCUCAUGCUUCGCAGGGGGUUCGCCCGGUUCGUCAAUGUCAGGGACGACCACGGCGCCACGCCGCUGCACCUCGCGGCCAGGCAGGGCCGGCCGGGCUGCGUGCAGGUGCUGCUGGAGAACGGCGCCAUCGUGUCGGCAUUGACCGGAUCAUACGGCUUCCCUGGUAGCACGUCGCUGCAUUUGGCCGCUCGCAGCGGGGACUUGGAUUGCAUCCGGAAGCUGCUUGCCUGGGGAGCUGAUCGGCUCCAAAGGGACUCUGCUGGGAGAAUCCCCUAUGUGGUGGCACAUAAGCGCAACCACGGGGCAUGCGCGGCAUUGCUGAACCCUUCGUCGGCAGAGCCUAUGGUGUGGCCUUCCCCGCUCAAGUUCAUCAGCGAGCUCGACCCGGAAGCCAAGGCUCUGCUGGAAGCCGCCCUGAUGGAAGCCAACAGGGAGAGGGAGAAGAAGAUCUUGAAGGACGCAAAGUGCUCGCCGCAGUCCCCUUUGGAGUACGAUGAUGAUCACAUCGACGACGACAUGUUCUCGGAGGUGAGCGACACGGAGCUGUGCUGCAUCUGCUUCGACCAGGCGUGCACCAUCGAGGUGCAGGACUGCGGGCACCAGAUGUGCGCGCCGUGCACGCUGGCGCUGUGCUGCCACAACAAGCCCAACCCGGCGACCCUGACAAUGCCCUCGCCGGCCUGCCCGUUCUGCCGCGGCAGCAUCUCGCGGCUGGUGGUGGCGGAGACCCGGACAGCAGACGGCGGCGACCCCGACAGGCCAGCCUCCCCGCAGCUCGCGCACCGGCGGUCCCGGCGCUCUCACAACCUCAGUGAGGGCAGCAGCAGCUUCAAGGGGCUGUCCUCGGCCAUCUCCAAGAUCGCCCGCGGCUCGAGCCGGAUGGCCGAGAGCGACAGCGCUGCCAUGGACAAGCCCGAGCACGAUCCGUGA